AAAACGAACACACAGGAGGAUCAGUCAUGAAGAAUUGUGAGCGCAUCGCUAAUCUCGCUCUCGCAGGAUUGACAUUGGCGCCACUUGUUGUGAGGGUGAACCCGAACUUGAACGUUGUUCUUACAGCAUGUCUCUCAGUUUAUGUGGGUUGCUUUCGUUCCGUCAAGGAUUCUCCUCCAACUGAGACGAUGUCGAAAGAACAUGCCAUGCGUUUCCCUUUAGUUGGGAGUGCUAUGCUUCUUUCACUUUUCUUAUUGUUCAAGUUUCUCUCCAAGGACUUGGUCAAUGCUGUCCUCACUGCUUACUUCUUUGUUCUUGGGAUCGUCGCUCUUUCGGCGACAUUGUUACCUGCCAUCAGCAGAUUUCUUCCAAAACCUUGGAAUGACAAUCUUAUCGUCUGGCGUUUUCCUUACUUCAAAUCUUUGGAGGUAGAGUUCACAAAGUCCCAAGUCAUUGCAGGAAUCCCUGGAACCUUCUUCUGCGCGUGGUAUGCUUGGAAGAAACAUUGGCUGGCUAACAAUAUCCUUGGCCUUUCCUUCUGCAUUCAGGGAAUUGAGAUGCUCUCUCUUGGAUCAUUCAAGACUGGUGCCAUCCUUUUGGUAGGACUGUUCUUCUAUGAUAUUUUCUGGGUUUUCUUUACUCCUGUGAUGGUUAGUGUUGCCAAAUCCUUUGAUGCUCCAAUAAAGCUUUUGUUCCCUACGGGCGAUGCUCUAAGACCCUACUCUAUGCUUGGGCUUGGUGAUAUUGUCAUCCCGGGUAUUUUUGUUGCAUUGGCUCUAAGGUUUGAUGUAUCAAGACGCAGUAAACCACAAUACUUCACAAGUGCAUUUGCGGGAUACGUUGCUGGAGUUGUCCUCACAAUUGUAGUCAUGAACUGGUUUCAAGCAGCACAGCCUGCUUUGUUGUACAUUGUCCCAGCCGUCAUUGGGUUCUUGGCUUCUCACUGCAUCUGGAACGGUGACAUCAAACCGUUGAUGGCUUUUGAUGAAUCGAAGACUACCGAGGGAGAGGUUGAUAAAGCCCAUGAAGAAUGA